UAUUUCGCAACAAAGCCGACCAUACACAGCGAGUCGAGAUGGAUCGCGCUGUAUAAUCUCAUAUCUACGUGUCUGCCUUGUGACAAAAAAAUAUCGAUGUAAUCUGAGUUCAGAGUUCAAAAGAAGCUGACAAAUUAGCCAAUGUACCAAAAUAGCACAGGAAAUCCUCUCCUGUAUCAACGCCUCAGGAAACUCGGCAUUUAAGGCCUCUCAUUGGUCAGUUGAAAUUAUGCUGUUGACAAUUAUAAACUCGGGUUACGGUGUUAUUACUAUAUAGGAACUUUCUCAACUGCUAAUCGUCAAGGAGAGCAAAACAUCCUGCAGUCUAUUCUGAAUCAUUGGAAGAUGCCAUCGCGAUAUUUUGAAAGAGAUGCACACAUAUUCAAAGAUGAAUUCGAAAUUCAAGAACUUAUCGGUGAGGGAUCAUUCGCCAAGGUUUACAGGUGCCAAGAGAAGCAGAGUGGUAAAACUUUUGCAGUGAAGGAAAUACGGCUUGACGAGGGCUUCUCUUUCAGUGAGGCAGUCAGAGAGGAGAUGGAGAUUUGGAAGGAUUUACAACACGAAAAUAUCGUCUCGUUGCACCAAACCUUCCAGGGAAACUCUUCUGUGCAUUUCGUAUGUGAAAAUGUCGAUGGUGGCAAUUUGUUUGAUGAAAUUUUGGGACACAGCAUUUACAGUGAACAACAAGCACGCUCUUUCAUAAAACAACUUUUAAAAGCCUUGGAGUAUCUUCAUGCCAAGCGAAUUAUCCAUCGAGACGUCAAGCCCGACAAUCUUCUUCUCAGUCGAUCCAGAAUUUCCGAACAAUUGAUUGUAAAACUCGCUGACUUUGGCUUGGCUCGAAGACUGCCACGCGACUCUGACGUCAUCGGUUGUGAAGCGAGUGGCGCGCCCCUGUUCCUUGCACCAGAGACAAUUUUAGAAGAAAUGAUUGGUCAACCAGUUGACAUGUGGGCGUGUGGCGUCAUAUCAUUUAUUCUAUUGGUGGGCUACCCGCCAUUUUGGAGUAGCAGCGACGAAAAAUUACUACUAUCUAUUCUACAAGGUCAUUAUACUAUGCCUUCGCCAUAUUGGGACAAUGUAUCAGAAGAAGCUAAGGACUUUGUGCAACGAUUAAUUGUCGUAAAACCCAGCGAGAGAAUGACAGCUUCGGAGGCGCUGAAUCAUCCAUGGUUUCAAAUGGACCCGAAAAUACCGAUAAAACUCGGUCAGCGGAGGAACUUUGCAGCGGUGGUAAGCGGUGUGCGAGCAAUGCUGAAAUUUAGAAACAUCAGCCCCAAACAUCCUUGCCUCGAAGGAAAUUCGGAAAAGGAGUACUGAGUGAAAAUAUUUCAAUGAAUCUCGUUAUCAAUAGUAGAAUAACUUAGGCCAGAAUGUGUGCCAUCUCACAACUGAACAGAAAAUACGUUUGUUGCUAAAACUUGAGAAGCAAACAAACAAACAAACAAACAAAAGAGACAAUCUACAAAAUCAGGACAUUUUUUGUUAGUGGAUACGUGUAUUUAUCUGGUUAUACGAAGUCAUAUCAUCAUUGCUUGAAACAAAAUUUCAGUUUUCUAACAGUAAUUUAUUACAGCCUUCUUUGAUUUUUCUUUUCUAUCUCCACCACACUGGUAUACUAGCAUUUUCACAGUUCUCUUAUGUUCUAUAAAUAUAGUCAGUUUGUAUUACUUUAUUACUUUAUGCAGGGGCUUUCCUUGUGUUCCCCUUAGAAGGUCAAUCGUCUGAUUGUGCGAUGCGACUACGGUGGUUGUAAAAAUGAUAUCUGGGAAUAAAAUCGAACUUUGAAAGAAGCAAUUUGAACCAUAAGGUAGAAAUUAAGAAAACUGUUUACCAAAUAAGCAGUAGUAGCUAUCUCUGUCCUCUUUUAAAGCACAUCGCGUUGCCAGAGGUUCAACUAUGUAUAUCGUAAUUUAAAAUAGAAAUGUUUUGGUAUUUCAAAUGUAGAAGAGUGGCUCCUUGAAGACCGGAGAGUGACAAAGAAAGUUUUGGUGUCGGUUAUCAGCAUGACGAAUAAACUAGUGAAUUUGAA